AUGAAGCUACGAGUUCUCGCUACAACAGUUUUCGCAGCACUGCUUUCUUGUGCUAGUGCGACCGUCGAUCACGACAAGAUCGAACCUUUCCCUCAACCCGAGCCUGCCACGAUCUCCGAAAAAGCUGCCGUCAAGUUCAAGCCGCAGCUUUACACCCCCAAUAGCGUCUGCGUUCCGUACCCUGCGGUAAACGUUGCUGGUGAGGUUGCUGGUGGACUGAAGGGAACGAACGGGAACGACGCGUGCAAGUAUGCGCCUAAAGGCUCGCAGAUCUACGGUCGAGCUGGGUGGUACAACGACCUGUGGGCUAUCAUGUACGCGUGGUACUUCCCGAAAGGCUUUUGGAUGGAUUCUCCUUCGAGGCGCCAUGACUGGAAAAGUGUUGUUGUAUGGAUUGACAACCCCGAGUCGCAAACACCUAAGAUUGUGGGAGUUUCCAUGUCCAAGUCUGACACGAGGUACAACAAGGAGACUAAAACUUGGCCUUCCAAUUUUGCUGGUUAUCGAAUGGAGGGGCGAAGAUAUCAUCGCACUUACAUUUACGGCUCCAACACGUCUCUCCGUUUUCAAUAUCAGAGCGACCUGGGGUCUCCGUAUUUGAAUUUUGGUGAUUGGGAAGGUGAGUACCAGGACUUGAUCAUGUGGGAACAACUAACGGACGCAGCUCGUGCAGCUUUAAAUGAUGGUAACAAUUUUGGCGAUGCGGAGGUUCCGUUUAGUGACGAACACUACGAAAAACAUCUCGACAAGGCGUGGCCAUUCUAG